GACGUCACGACGCUGGAGAGAGAGGAGGCGAUGAGAGGAAGGUGCAAUAAACACACAGGGCGUUUGCGCCUAUCUAAGUAGGACAAUAAAGUGAAAACGGUAUCAAUGUUCUAACAAUGGAUUUGUCAGACAUGCUUCUUCUUAAAGUUUUCCUUUUCGUGUGUUUGCUGAACUACACCCAAGGACACUAUAGAAAUCCCCUGAACAAGUACAUCCGUCACUAUGAAGGCCUGUCCUACGACACAGAGCUUGUGCACAGCAACCAUCAGCGAGCCAAGAGGGCGUUCUCGCCUGAAGACAAGUUCCUUCAUUUAGAUUUUCACGCCCAUGGAAGACAUUUUAAUUUACGAAUGAAGAGAGAUACAACCUUGUUUGCCCAAGAUUUGAAGGUAGACGUUUCUGGAGAAGAGAUUCCAUUUGAUACCUCUCAUAUCUACACUGGAGAAAUCUACGGGGAGAAAGGUACCCUGACUCAUGGCUCCAUUGUGGAUGGUAAGUUUGAUGGCUUCAUUCAGAGCUACCAGGGCGCCUACUACGUGGAGCCUGCUGAGAGAUACCUGGAGGGCAAAGACGUGCCGUUCCACUCAGUCAUCUAUCACGAAGACGACAUACACUACCCGCACAAGUACGGCCCAGAGGGAGGCUGCGCUGAUAGCUCAGUGUUUGAGAAGAUGAAGAAGUACCAAGCCUCAGCCUCAGCAGAGCCGCUCAAGGAGCUCCACACUGAGGCGGGCUUUAAUGACCCUGUGCUGCUGAGGAAGAAGAGGAUGGCCCAGGUUGAGAAAAACACCUGCCAGCUUUUCAUUCAGACUGACCAUCUCUUCUUCAAGUACUAUAAGACCAGGGAGGCAGUCAUUGCUCAGAUCUCUAGUCAUGUGAAGGCCAUCGAUGCCAUCUAUCAGGGGACAGACUUCAUGGGCAUUCGCAACAUCAGCUUCAUGGUGAAAAGAAUCCGGAUCAACACCACCAGCGACGAGAGGGACCGGUCCAACCCGUUCCGCUUUGCCAACAUCGGUGUGGAGAAGUUCCUCGAGCUGAACUCGGAGCAGAACCAUGACGACUACUGCUUAGCUUAUGUUUUCACCGACAGAGACUUUGAUGAUGGGGUGUUGGGUUUGGCCUGGGUCGGAGCCCCUUCAGGGAGCUCCGGAGGCAUCUGUGAAAAAAGCAAGCUGUACUCCGACGGAAAAAAGAAGUCUCUCAACACGGGUAUAAUCACUGUACAGAACUACGCCUCCCACGUACCGCCAAAAGUCUCCCAUAUCACUUUUGCACAUGAAGUAGGACACAACUUUGGCUCCCCGCAUGACUCUGGAUCCGAGUGCACCCCAGGAGAAUCCAAGAGCCAAGACAAGAAGGAGAAGGGCAAUUAUAUCAUGUAUGCAAGGGCUACAUCAGGCGACAAGCUCAACAAUAAUAAGUUCUCCAUCUGUAGCGUGCGCAACAUCAGCCAAGUGCUGGAGAAGAAGAGAAGCAACUGUUUUGUCGAGUCUGGUCAGCCCAUCUGUGGUAACGGCCUGGUGGAGCCAGGAGAGGAGUGUGACUGUGGCUACAGUGAUCAGUGCAGGGACCAGUGCUGCUAUGACGCCAACCAGGCUGACAACAAGAAGUGCAAGUUAAAGCCCAACAAAGUCUGCAGCCCCAGUCAGGGUCCUUGUUGCACUCCCGAGUGCUCUUACAAGGGUCGUAAUGAGAAGUGCAGGGAGGAGUCGGAGUGCGCUCACCAGGGCAUGUGUAACGGAGUUGGUUCCCAGUGUCCCACAUCUGAGCCCAAGGCCAACUUCACCGCCUGCCACGGAGAGACUCAAGUCUGCCUCAACGGGGGCUGCUCCGGCUCCAUCUGUGAGAAGUACGGGCUCGAGGCCUGCACCUGUGCGAGCCAAGAUGGCACGGACGAGACUGAGCUCUGCCAUGUGUGCUGCAUGGAGAAGAUGAAUCCCAACACAUGCAGCAGCACAGGAUCAGAGCCUCUGGCUCGCUUCUUUAAUAAGAAAGUGACCACGCUGCCAGCCGGCUCGCCGUGCAAUGACUUUAAGGGCUACUGUGACGUGUUCAUGAAGUGCCGACUGGUGGACGCGGACGGACCGCUGGCCAGGCUGAAGAAGGCCAUCUUCAACCCAGAGCUCUAUGAAAACAUUGCAGAGUGGAUUGUGGCCCAUUGGUGGGCGGUACUAUUGAUGGGCAUUGCCCUCAUCAUGCUCAUGGCUGGCUUCAUUAAGAUCUGUAGCGUGCAUACACCGAGCAGUAACCCCAAACUUCCUCCUCCAAAACCACUUCCAGGCACUUUGAAGAGGCGGCGAGCGCAGCAGCAGGCUAACUCCCAGGUGCAGAACCAGUCUCAGCACCCGCAUGGCCACCAGCACGGACAUGGCGGCCAGCGGCAACCCCAGAGGCAGCCCCAGCGGCAGGCGCAGGCGCAGCAGCCCCAGAGGCACCACCGUCAGCCCAGAGAGAACUAUCAGAUGGGCCAGAUGAGACGCUGAGAGAGACCCUGCAUCCCGCCCCCCUCCCCCCAAUGCCUUGGCUCCUCCUUGUGCCUACAGUGGGAAACAAAAGCGUCACUCCAUCCAAAGAAAAGCCGGACAUGGUUGUUAGUCAUCAUCAUAUCCUCCAUUUACAGACUAAACAGAUGCGUGAAAAAGAGAAAACACUAUCUAGCAACUCGAUUGGCUCUUCGUGGAGUGGACUCAACCAUCAGCCAUUUCCAAUGCAGUGCGAUCUAGCGUCUUUUUCCACCUUUUUCUUUUUUUUUCUUUUUAAAGGAGUGCCAAGGAGUUAAGGAUCAUGUGUAGCUUUAGUACAUUCUGUGAUGUGUUUUUCUUUUCUUUUCUUUUGUUCUAUUGCAACGUCUUCUUGAGUGACACGCCCGUGGCUGCUGGUGAAUUGUUCCGUGAUUUUUCUUUCGCCAUUCUAGCCAGGAAUGAGACACUCAGUGGGGAUUUGUGGCACUUUUGUGAUUUACACAUGUCAAACGGCAAAAGACACAGGCUCCGGUCUCUCGUGCAGACCGUCUUCUGCAUGUGACUGUACAUAUUCAGUGUAUCAUAAGUGAAAACAAACUAUUUCUUCUACUGUAAAUGUGUAAUUCUUCACUUUUUUCUUUUAUUUUUCGGUUAGUGCUCUCAGGACUCUUAACACAUAGUUGAAGGAGUGAUGGUUGUGAUGAGUUCCUUGGACUUUGCAGUUGAGGAUUUGGCGCCAUCAAGUUCUCUUCGCAGUCGUCCUAUCAGGUGGAUCUCUUUCACUUUCGUUAGAUUGCUAGAUUUCGAAUUUGAACAAGGUCACCAUAUCCCACUUUUCAGGCCUUUUGUUCAAGGUCCCUUUUUUCGUCUUUUUUUUGUAAUUGUCUCGCUAACAUCAUGUUUUGCUUAUGUUGUGUAACAAGCUAGAUGAGGUCAUGGGAACAGAAAGGGAAGGUCACCUAGUUUGGUACACCGUUUAUUGUCUUACCGAAUUUGUUUUUGAUAAUGAAGAAUGAAAAACCACUAACUGAAGCUGAGGAUGAUUCUACCUGUUCAGAUAUGAAGACGAGGCAACGUGAAGGCUGCUGUGGCUUAGUUUAUUAGUGAGAGUGUAUCAUGUUACAGAGUUAGUUUACAUGAGUGUGGAAAUAAAUUUAAAAAUGACUCCGGUGUGGAUGUACAAAAAAAAUUGUAAGAUUAAAUCAUUCUAAUAUUCUUCAGAUAGCGAAUCUAAGAACUUUUCAAUGUGGGCAUGCAGACACAUUUAUUAAAUGUGACUAUUAAUUGACAAAGGUCUGUAAUAUUUGUAUGUCACACAACACUAUAUUUACUUUGACAGCUAUUAAUGUGAGUCUUAAAACAAGUGGCAGGAGCAGUAUUGUCACACUAUUCACACAUUUCCUCAGUGUGUUCACUAGUUUCACGAGAGACAAGCUGCUGUUUUAUUUUAUUUUUAAACUCACCUGCAGUUAUCUCCCCGUCAGAUUUCAUCACGGACUAAAUCCCCAAAGUGAGUGUGAGUUAACAACACAGCGCUAUAGAAAUGUGCACAGCUGAUCUUUUUCGACACAGGUUUUAUACAAAUACAGCAGACACGCCUGUUAAGUUUCCGACUCUUUUAAUGGACAAAAUAAAAACAAUGGGAUUGUUUUUCGUUGGAUUGUUUGACCUCGAGGGUUUUCUUCCUCUCGCUGCAGCACAGCACAAGGGGCAUUUUGGAAGAUGAUAACGUGAUAACACCAAAAGGGUUUGAUAAUUCGGUCAAGUUGUGCAAAAUCUCAUGAUUUUAUUUUCCCCUGCAAACCUUCCACCCGCCAACAGCUUUUGGGUGAAGUAGGUGUAAAGUUUGGCGCAGACUUUUACAUUUUUCAUUUUAUAUUCAGCAGAGUACAUUUUGUGCUCUUGAUUUUAUUUUAUGCUGCCGUUAUUUUUGAAGCACAUGCAAUACUCCGAACCGAUAUCUCACAGCACUGUCCUGAUGGUUGUAAUAAUCACACAUGUGCUCUGGAGGGGAUAUUAGAAACAAUGUAUCUCACAGUUAAUCGUCUAUUUCACAUGGCAGAUGAAUAAGGCAGGUCGGCGGUCGCUAUACCUUCUCAUUUCUGUACAAUAUGGAGCUCUUUUUAAAUGUCAUCUUCUAGGCUGGAUCUCGCCUGUUAAGCCUGGAGAAUUGACAUGUAAACUUGUACAGUACUUCGAAGAUUUGCAUUUCAUUUGAAAAUGAAAAAUUACAUUUUGAUACAUCCGUUUUAAUUUUUUGUAUUCUAAUUCCAGAGUAAGUUGUUGAAAGAUGUUCAUAUGUGACAAACCUUCCUCUCUUAAGUUAUUUAUGUUCUUAUAUGUGCUAGUUGAACUGGAGUUUGCUUCUGCUACUUUUCCCCACCGUCAUCAAUGGUCAAAACAAUUCAGGGUGAUGGAGUUAACGUUGCAUUCUCAUUUUUGUCUUUGUUCUCCUGUGGCAUGGUUUGGGUAGAAGAGCAGAAGAAUAAUGCCUGUAAAUUUACUUUCUUUUUAAUUUCGUAGUCUUGGUAAAGUUUUUAGAUAAACGUGCACUGAAAAUGUCCAAAUUGAGUUGCAAUGUUGUAGGUGAUGUAGGCCGAAAGAACACAAGGUUAAAAAGUAAUACUACUGUCUGAUUUUAAUGUUCACUGUGUUUUAUACAGUAUCAGAAAUUUUUGUUCACUUUGAACAUUUUUACUAAAAAAAAAUUUCAAAUUGUAUUGUGCAAAGAGAUGUAAUUUUUGGAGUACUUGAAAUGCAUUAAUUAAAAGACUCGUUCAAAAAUAAAAUAGACCCCUGUUUACUGUC